CCGAGGUGCGGAGAGCCGGUGGGGGAACCGCGAGGCAAGCGCGGGAGUCGGGGCGGCGAGCUGGGUGUGAGCUGCCCGAAAAUGCACUCGGAUGCCGCCGCUGUCAACUUUCAGCUGAACUCUCAUCUCUCAACGCUGGCAAAUAUUCAUAAGAUCUACCAUACUCUUAACAAGCUAAAUCUAACAGAAGACGUUGGCCAAGACGAUCACCAAACAGGAAGCCUGCGAUCUUGCAGUUCUUCAGACUGCUUUAGUAAAGUGAUGCCACCAAGGAAAAAGAGAAGACCUGCCUCUGGAGAUGACUUAUCUGCCAAGAAAAGCAGACAUGAUAGUAUGUAUAGAAAAUACGACUCAACCAGAAUAAAGACUGAAGAAGAGGUCUUCUCAAGUAAGAGGUGCUUAGAGUGGUUCUAUGAAUAUGCAGGUACCGAUGAUAUUGUGGGUCCUGAAGGCAUGGAGAAAUUUUGUGAAGAUAUUGGUGUUGAACCAGAAAAUGUAGUUAUGCUUGUCCUUGCUUGGAAAUUGGAUGCACAAAACAUGGGCUACUUUACGCUACAGGAAUGGCUGAAAGGAAUGACUUCUCUACAAUGUGAUACAACAGAAAAACUCAGAAAUACUUUGGAUUACUUAAGAUCAUUAUUAAAUGAUUCUACAAACUUUAAGCUUAUUUACAGAUAUGCGUUUGACUUUGCACGGGAAAAGGACCAGCGCAGCCUAGACAUUAACACUGCCAAAUGCAUGUUGGGACUGUUAUUAGGAAAAAUCUGGCCCCUUUUUCCAGUUUUUCACCAGUUCUUAGAGCAAUCAAAAUAUAAAGUCAUAAACAAAGACCAGUGGUGCAAUGUGCUCGAGUUCAGCAGAACAAUUAAUCUUGACCUCAGCAACUAUGAUGAAGACGGAGCAUGGCCAGUUUUGUUGGACGAGUUUGUGGAAUGGUAUAAAGACAAACAGAUGUCCUAGGACUUUAUGCAUAGCAGCGAAAGAGUCACUGUUACCACAAUUAUGUCACCCAUUAGCCAUAAAUUGCUGUUUGUAUCAAAGCGCAUGCUGCUUUUCUUGCACUGUCUCCCUUUUGCAGGGAUGUUGUGGUGUUUGCUAUUGAAUGGGCCAGCUCUGCUUGCUGUGUAGCAUUGUUCUCUUGGAAGGCUGCUUUGCAGUUUGUAUUUACACUACAGAUUGGUGAAUUUGCCAACGUCCUCACUGUGAUUAUGUGUAUAUUGCUGUUUAAAUUUUGUAUAUGUGUAUAAAAUGAAAAAGCUUCACCUAGAGAUUAUUUCUGCAAAAAUGUAUUGUAAAAAUAAUUUUGUGGCAUAUUUCUAGUCCCUUUUAUCAAAGGAACCAGUUAUACUUCAUUUGGUCUCAAAUGUAGCAUUUCAGAAAACCACACAAAACAACUGUUACUGUGGGCAAACGUUGCCAGAAUUAACCUUACUGCUUAAGAGGCCAACUUCUGGAAGGAGGUAGGAGUCAUAACUUUUAGGUGGCCUAUGCCAAAUAUUUGGUUUAUUUGGUUUACUUGACAAUAUUAGUGUUUUAAAAUGGUGAAAGUGAUCAUUAUUUGAUGAUUUAGACAUGUAACAUGCCACAAAUCAUUUCCAACAUGCAAGGUAUAGGGUUUUGAUUUUUAAUAUUAAAACUGUUGUAAGCUUGAAUAUAGGUACAAAUGAACAAAUUUAAGAUGCACCUUUUUUAAAAAAAUGGAAUUUUAAGUUCUCAUGAACUUUCUUCAGUGAUUUUUUUCCCCUCCUCCUUUGCACUCUUCUAGCCUGUGUUUGUUGGCUAGUGCUUCCUGGCUCACUCCAAGUGAAAUGUAUUUUGCCCCCUCCCAUGAAAGCCUGUUAGCUUGCUAGCAACUUACAGCUGCAGAGCACUUUUAGUUAUGGCUUGAAUUUUAGUUAAGUUUUCUUGGUGUCUGAUUUCAUAGGUUGUUUUGUUGUUUCUGGUUUUUGUUUUUGUUCUUUAAGAAUAAUACUCUGACAGGUGUUUUGUGUUCCAUGUUUGUUUCUUUCUUCAUGCUAGGCUUUUCCUGGCAGCAUGUCCAUUGCAGGCAGUGGACACUAAACCACCAGCAUUGCGCUAACCCUGUUAGACACUAGGACCUUUCCUUGAGGGGCCUCUUGUUAGUACCUGAGUGAUUUGUACAGAAAGGUGAUAGCCAUUAUUUAUAUGGAGGAGGAAGUCAGAGUAAACAGCAUGGUAAUUUAGGCUUAUAUUUUGUCUCUUUUUUUUUUUUUUGCCUUGCCUUUUUUUGAGAAAAUGUAUUGAGAUAUGUUUUCACCCCGACUAUCUGGUGCUAUUGAACAACUAGCUCAGUCCCUAAAGUUUUGUGGAAACACACAAUCUAAUAAUUUAGCUAAGCAAAGAGUUCAUCGUGCAUUUGAACAAGCAAAUGCUGUAAUUGUAAGAUCCAUGCGUGAGUAUGUAGGGAUUGGAAGAUUUUAUUGGCUGAAAGAUCUUACAGAUUUAAUAUGGCAUAAAUGAGUAAAGCACACAGACCGGACUACUCUUGACCACGGUUCUACAGUUUCUUUGUAGAUGCUGUUCUGAUUUUUCUAUUUUUUCCCCAACUAAGCCACCAAAGAAAAUUUUGUAUGUAUAUACAGUAUGUGUGCAUAUACAAAAUCAUGGUAUGGUAGAAUAUACCUUCUUCCUUUUUCUACCAAGUAAUAAGGUUUGGUUUGCUGUAAAAUAAACCAGAAGUUAGAAGAAAAACAAAAACAAACCUCAAACUCAGUAGCAACUAAGAAUACUUAACUUUUUUUGUUUAUUGUCUCACUUGUAACUUACAAAUUAAUGCCAGUUUACAAACAUAAGUAUGUACAUACAUAUAAGUAUAUGCAUGUACUUACAUAAGUCACUAUCUGUACAGAACAUAAAAAGUUGCUAGCAAGCCAUAGUCACUGAAAUUGCUGGGUAAGCAGGGCUCUAGUGCGUGCAUGCGUGUAUGUGAGACAGUGUCAGUCAGGCCAAAGACAGGGCUGGUCUGUGGAGAAUUGAUUCAUUUUCAGGUGUGUACUCCAAUAAAGUCGUAAGAAAAAAAAGUUUUUUAAUCACACUAAAGAGAACAGUUCUUAAAUUUGACCAACUACUGUUUUGCUCAAAGCAAACGUAAAUCAUAGAUGAAAUUAUCUUAACAGUUAUGUUAGAAUGGAGAAUUUUUUAAGCACUAAAGACAGUUAAUCCCAAAAUAAAAGAAUUGUUAGCAAUUGUGACAAAUGGUUACAUUUUAUCCACAGUGAACAUUUUGGUGAUAGAGAAAUGAUGUGAAAGUAUUUCGAAGGAAUACUCUAGCAUAUUUAGAAAACUCAAAAAUCUCUAAACUGCCUUGAAAAAUAAACCUCUGUGACUACUGAUUGCUCUUGGUUUUUCUUGAUUUCACAUAGUUAUUUUUAAGUUAACGGGUCAGAGUAGUAAUAAGACACUUUUUUUCUUAAGAAAUUGUCAAGUUUCACAAAAUGAAACAGUAAUUGAGCACUUCUUCAUGGCUAGUGUAAAUAAAUGAGGGUGCCUUCUUGGUUCUGUAGUACCUGAGUCUAUAUUCUCUCUCUUCUUUAUAUUUGAGUUCCCAUUGCAAUACCCUGUCAUUAUCUGUUCACUGCUGCUAUAGGUCAGAAAUUUCAUUGUUUUUUUUGUUUUUGUUUUUGUCACAAACACUCAUAGCGUUGCGUGCACAUUUCUUUGAAGCAUGAACUGGGAGUUACGUUUUUAUAAACCUGACCAGACAAAUCUAACUAGAUCCUGGUUUAACAACAGAGUUCUGUUGCUUCUUGGUCUCUAGUCUAACAGUGCUUUUGAAAUUUAUAUACAGGAAGCUUUUACAAAUUAGUUUUUGCCCUUGGUUUUUAUUCUUACAACUGCUAAAAUACCUCUGUAAGCCUUAUCCUUUAUUCUUUCAUAUGUUGUAUAAUAAAUGUAUAGAAUAUCUGUAAAUGAGACCAAAAUGUGGGUUGCUUUUUUUCAUAAAAUGAUUUCUAUUGGGGGUUACUGUUACAUGAGCAGUAGCUAGCCUGUGACUGUGAAUGCUUCAUGUCGUCAGUAUUUGCAUUACAUCAUACAAGUGUGCAAGUCCUGUGACUCCCAGCUUAACUACAAUAUUGUUAUGCCACCUAACUUGAGAACAGCAAACUGUUUUUAGGUUUUAAUUGAAUUGAUGUAAAAUGAUAUCCCAUAAAUAAAGAAGUAUUUGUGUUUGGUUUCAGAA